CUUCCUCGUCAACUAAGUUUCUUCACUCUCCACUUCAUAAUAUCAACUUCAUUCUAAACAAUUAGAAAGAACAAAUUAUACAUGUAUCCACAAACAUAAAGAAUAUUAGUUGUUUAAGGAAGAUAUAUUAUUUAGAAUAUAAAAUAUACCGGGAAAGUAAUUAUAUGUGUGUGAGCGGGUACCCAUGGGGCGGGUUUACCUAAAUCCAAACCCAAUCCGACCCGGUGAAUAGUGUAGCGGGUUUAAACCCGAACCGGGCCCAAAACCCGUCAACACGGGUUUUACCCGCAUUGACCGGGUUGGGUCGGGUGGGUACCCGUGGGUUCGGGUUUUGUUGUCAUCCCUAAUUGGGGCUGCCUACAGUCCCCUGAGUGAUCCCGCCCACACUGGUUGCAAAGACCUCUGUUGCUGAAAGUUUGACUAGGCCGGAUCGAGCCGGUCUGACUCUGAGUACCCCCAAAGCUAAUAGUACCACUCGGCCUCCUUCUGUACUAACUGGGCUGGCCAGACCACUAUGCCAUGCUACUUGCCUUUCUCUUGCUUCCCACUUGUUGUAUCCCUUCUUCAUGCACAGCUGUUUCAGCCCUCUCUAUUCGAAGAGCCUCCUGAUAAAUCUCCUCCCGACUGUUUCACGCUAUCAUGCUCAACUGCUUCUUAAGGGCAGGCUUCAAACUCUCCAAAUAAUGGGCACGUUGAGAUGCCGCAUCCUGGAACUGGGGUCACCCGUAGGGCAACAGCUUCUCGAACCUGGAGGUGUAUUCUGCAACACCCUCCUCUCCUUCAUUGCCCCAUCCUUGCUUGAUCAGCAAAAACUCCCUCUUCUUGCUCAGUCGAUAGGCUUCUGGUACAUAGUGAUCCCGGACACCCGCACCAACUCUGGCCAAGUGAUACCUGGUGGGUCUUCCUGGCUAGCUAGCUGGGUGCACCACCAAUUGUAUGUUGAAUCCUGGAGUAAGGAUACUAUCAGUAGCACCCUGUCCUCAUCAUCUGCCCUCAUUUCACUUAAUGUGCGCGAGACCUUCGCCAGGCAUUUGUCUACUUCACAAGCAUCCUUCGAGCGGUCCCCAUCUAAAUUAACCACUCCUCGCCUCCGGAAAGCCUCAUAAUUCGGGGGUUGCCUAACUGCCGCGUGGUUAACAUUGAUGUUACUUGCUCUGCAAGUAAGUAGUACCCUUAUUAGAACCACAUUAAUGUCUUAUCAUACUCUAGUAUACUGGGGACUCUAUGAACCUUUUCAAAUCGGUUGACCAACCAUUUUUCUUGAAAUUUUCCCUUUUUUCCUUUAAAACUAAACCUUUGACAACCCAGAUCGUCACUCCAGUAUUCCUUGGAGACCAAGAAAUAGAGGAAUGUCGGCUCUGAUACCAAAAUUAAAUGACCCGAUCCUUUUUGAAAACCAAACCAUAACUCAAACCACAAACCGGUUACUCCGGAGCAACCCAAAACAGAUUUACAAGUCCAAACCAAAAAUCAACAACAACAAUUUUUUUAAGAUUCUCAAGUGAAAUGCCCUAAACACUUGGGCGACCUCAAUCCAGAGCAACAAAACAUAAAACACAAUCCUUGAGUUUCCCAGUAUAUUCAUUAAGACAUGAAACUAAAAACAGAUAUAUUGGAGUCCCAUCUCGUUACCCUAAUCCAGUUGACAUCCUCAGGUUUGUCGCGGCUGCUCUCCUCGGGUAACCUCCUCUUGAUGGAUGCGUCCUCUUCCCCUCUCUGCACUUGGUGAGUGAGAAGGGAUCAGUCUCGUCGUUACUUCCUAAGGUCUUCGCCCUAAGGAACUCCUUACUAAACACAUUAUUCGGGUUCUUGACUUAGACAAAAGCCGUUCUUGCUUUCAUCCUUUAUACUUUUUUUAUCAAACAGUACGUCUAUAAGAGAUCUCUACUCCUAACUUAUCUUUAGAAAAACAGUACGUCCAAAGACACCAACACUAGGGACCACCGCGUUACGUCUCGCCGUCCGGUGUCCCAACCCUAGUAUGUCAACCGUGUUACGUCUCUUCAUCCGGUUGCAUACCCAAACUCGGCAAUGGCACUACCUUACGUCACGGCGUCCAAUCCAUGCACGUCAACUACUACGUUACGUCUCGCCGUCAAGUAGUGACCCAACCGCCCGGGGGUUCAUCUUACUAUCAACGACCUAUUAUAAUUAUAGGUGUCAGUCGGGCGGGUUCGGGUCGGGUUCAAACGGGUCGCGGGUUGCGGGUAAACGGAUUGCGGGUCAAGUGGGUUCAGGUUGAUCGGAUUGCGGGUCAAUCGAGUUGUGGGUUGAUCGGGUUGCGGGCUAAUCGGGUUCGGGUUGGACAGAUCGUGGAUCUAUCGGGUUGCGGGUUGAUCGGGUUGUGGAUUAAUCCGGUUCGGGUUGAUCAAAUUGCGGGUUACUCAGGUUAUGAACAGGUCGGGUUGCGGAUUUUUCGGUCCAAAUCAUCGAGUUAUCUUUUUUAAAUAAUUAGUUAUUACACAAUUAAAAACAAACUCACCAAUCACUAUUUUGCAAUGAAGGAACACAAUUUGUUGUUUCAUUUUGGGAAUGUUUUAACAAGCUUGAGUUAGGCCUUUCUUUUACUUCUUAACUAUUGAGUCAAUUGAUUAAAGAAUUAAAAAAACA